AAAAAAUUAGUUUUGUUCGCUCUCUCAAUUAGUCACUCAAAACAAAGCUCACACCUUUCUUCUUUCCCACAAAACCAUUUUUCUAUUCUUCACUUAUUUCCCAUUCAACAAACACUCUUUUCUCUUUCACCCUUCUCUUAUCUCUUCCUAAAGUUUCCAUCUUUCUUCCAUUUUCUCUCACCCCUCUUUUUCAUUUUUCAUUUUCAUUCAACUUUUCUCAAACGGAUUUUCACUGCAAAUCAACUUUAAAGAAUCUCAACUCAACAUAAACUGGUGGAAAUAUUCAAUGAUGAAGUUUGAAAGUGCUAGAGAGCUACAUGACCUAAACAUUGGAACCUAUAUAUUAUCAUGUGAGGGAUUGAUUGUAUAGUUUCCUGUUGAAAAUUGAAAUAGAAAGCAAAGGGUCCCAAGAUAUACUGUUUGUGUAUAGGAAAUUAGGAAUCUUUUGGUGGAAUUUUCCUUCUAUUAGUGAUUUUCUUGGUAGUAGAGCCAGCUAAAUGGAUCCAAAACACACGCAUAACUUUACCUUUUUUGAAGGUGUUUCUUUUCAUCUAUUUUGACUUGGCUUUGUGAUUUGAAACUUGAAGGCACAAAAAGCAAAGCUAGUGUGAUAUGAAAGGGUGAGUGAGGUGCAUUUUGAACUUGAAGGGGGGUCUGCUACAAACAACUGUGAUAACAUCUUCUCUUGCUUUCUGAGCCACAAAAGGGGUAGGCUAAUGGUUUUUGAGACUUGAAUUGAGAGUUAAAGCUUUUUGGCGAGGUAGUUUUUGUGGCGUUGUUAUUCGUGGCGAUGAGUCGAGAGCAGCCGAAGAGGGGGAAGCAAGAGAAAAGUUGUGAUGGUGCUGAGAAGGUUAUUGUUGCUGUUAAGGCGUCAAAGGAAAUUCCAAAGACGGCUCUUGUUUGGUCAUUGACUCAUGUUGUUCAACCUGGUGAUUGCAUUACACUGCUUGUUGUUGUUCCUUCUCAAAGUUCAGGUAGAAGAUGGGGUUUUCCUAGAUUUGCUGGUGACUGUGCCAGUGGUAUUAAGAAGUAUCCUCCAGGAACAAUUUUAGAGCAAAAAAGUGAUAUUACUGAUUCUUGCUCUCAGAUGAUCCUUCAGCUCCACGAUGUCUAUGAUCCGAAUAAGAUAAAUGUGAGGAUUAAAAUUAUUUCUGGAUCACCUUGUGGAUCAGUGGCCGCAGAAGCCAAGAAAGGACAAGCCAGUUGGGUUGUUUUAGACAAACAUCUCAAACAUGAGGAAAAGAGAUGCAUGGAAGAGUUGCAGUGUAACAUUGUUGUUAUGAAGCGUACUCAACCGAAAGUGCUUCGUUUGAACUUGAUUGGAGCACAAAAGAAGGAAGUUGAAGAAGCUGGUACAUCACAUUCUGAGCAAGAUGAUAUGCCUGAAAAGCAAACCGAAAACAAGAUGGAUUCUUUAGUAGAUUCUAUCAAAGGACCAAAUGUUACUCCAACUAGCAGCCCUGAGUUAGGGACACCAUUCACCGCUACUACUGAAGCUGGCACUUCAUCAGCUUCAAGCUCUGAUCCUGGAACUUCACCGUUCUGUAUCCCAGAGAUGAAUGGUGAGAGGAAGAAAGAAGAAACCAUUAAGGAAAGUCAAGAACUUUGUGAUACUAAUUCAGACACAGAAAGUGAAAGUCUGUCGACGGCUUCGGCUAGCUUUAGGUACCAGCCGUGGAUCACGGAAUUGCUUUUACAUCAACAAUCAUCUCAACGCAACGGAGAAAGAUCAGAGGCGUAUCAUGGUAUGCCUCAAGCAACUACAACCAAAGCUUUGCUAGAAAAGUAUUCUAGGCUUGAUAGAGGAGCGGGAAUGGAAAUGUCGGCAGCAUAUAGAAAUGACUCGGAUUUUAGUGGUAAUUUAAGAGAAGCAAUAGCGUUAUCAGGAAAUGCUCCACUUGGUCCACCUCCAUUGUGUUCAAUGUGCCAACACAAGGCACCUGUUUUUGGAAAACCUCCAAGGUGGUUCAGCUAUGCUGAGUUGGAACUCGCUACCGGUGGAUUUUCACAUGCCAACUUCUUGGCGGAAGGAGGGUAUGGAUCGGUUCAUCGAGGGGUUCUACCAGAAGGACAAGUCAUUGCUGUCAAGCAACAUAAAUUGGCUAGUUCGCAAGGUGAUGUCGAAUUUUGCUCUGAGGUAGAAGUCCUGAGCUGUGCUCAGCACCGAAAUGUUGUUAUGCUGAUUGGAUUCUGUAUAGAGGAUAAGAGAAGGCUUCUUGUUUACGAGUACAUAUGCAAUGGAUCAUUGGAUUCACAUUUAUAUGGGCGGCAAAGGGAUCCUUUAGAAUGGUCCGCACGGCAGAAAAUUGCUGUUGGAGCUGCUCGCGGGUUAAGGUAUCUUCACGAAGAGUGCAGAGUUGGUUGUAUCAUCCACCGCGACAUGAGGCCAAACAACAUUCUCAUAACUCAUGAUUUUGAACCUCUGGUUGGUGAUUUUGGAUUGGCAAGGUGGCAACCUGAUGGAGACAUGGGUGUGGAUACUAGAGUAAUUGGAACAUUCGGGUAUUUGGCUCCUGAAUAUGCUCAAAGCGGCCAAAUCACCGAAAAAGCUGAUGUUUAUUCCUUUGGGGUGGUAUUAGUGGAGCUUGUUACCGGUAGAAAAGCUGUCGAUCUCACUCGGCCAAAGGGACAACAGUGUCUUACUGAGUGGGCCCGGCCACUAUUAGAAGAAUAUGCCAUUGACGAACUGAUUGACCCGAGGCUUGGACGUCACUAUUUAGAACAUGAGGUCUAUUGCAUGUUGCAUGCUGCUUCAUUAUGCAUAAGGAGAGAUCCUCAUUGUAGACCACGAAUGUCACAGGUUCUCCGAAUUCUAGAGGGCGACAUGGUGAUGGACACAAAUUACAUUUCUACUCCAGGCUAUGAUGUUGGAAACAGGAGCGGUCGCAUUUGGUCAGAGCCACUGCAGAGACAGCAUCAUUACAGUGGUCCCCUCUUAGAAGAUUCAUUGGAGUCAUCAUUCAGUGGAAAACUAUCUCUUGACAAGUACAAACCUCCUUCCUAUUGGGAUAGGAGUAGGGACAAGCCUAUAAGGGCCUCAUCUGAAGAUGAUAUUUGAAGCAAAGUGGUUGAUCAUGAAAAUCGAAUUAUAAUUAUGCUAAAUAUGUUUGCUGUUAGUUAUUACUCUCCUAUUUUUGUUCUAUUUUUUUGCAUUAGGAAGUGUCGGUGUUACAUAGAUAUCUGUGUAUAGCAGAGUGAGAGUGAAAGUGAAAGUUGCAUAAGUAAAAUAUAGAAGCUUUUGAAUUUGUUUAGAGAAAUUAUGUAAAACUAGUGCUUCAAUGAACUUAAUUGAUUACACUGGAGAUAUUUGUAUGGUCUCUACAAAUGGAUGAAAUUGAAAUAGCUUUUUCUGUAA